GCAUCAUGCCCCCCCCCCGCCCGCCCCUUGCGCAGCGCCGCCCUCCUCCUCUCCAUCACCCUCCUGGCCCAAAGCCGCCCCCACCCCUCCCCUCGCCUCCCCGGCCCCUUUUUCCCCCCUCCCCAAAUCCCUUCCUCCUCCUCUUCCUCGCCGCCGGACGAAGUCCUGAAGGAGCUGGAGGAGCUGGGGAGGCUGCGAGCGGAGGCCAAGCGGGACCGGGAGCGAGGAGGAGGAGGAGGCCGAAGCUGGGCCAGCGCCCGGCAGCUGCGGCAGCAGCAGAGCCUGGAGCAGCGGCUGCUGGAGCGGCGCUACCAGGAGCUGGCCGAGAGCCGGCGGCAGGCCCAGGCCGCCCGCAAGGCCGCCGCCGAGGAGGAGCGCCUGGCCGACCUGGCCUCCGACCUCCUGCUGCGCUACCUCCUCCACGGGCCCGCCGCGGCUGCCCAGGAUAAGAGGUCGGAGGAGGAGGAGGAGGAGGAGGAAGAGGAGGAGGAAGGGGGGGAGGUGGGAGAGGUUGGAGGAGAGGGGGGGAGAGGUGGGGAGAGGGGCGGCGUGGGGAGGGCGAGCGCCGGGGGCGAGGCGAUCUCCAUGAGCAAGGCGAUCCCGAUGGGCAAGGCGACCCCAAUGGGCAAGGCGACCCCGAUGGGUAAAGGGUUCUCGAUGGGCAAGAAGAUCCCAAUGGGCGAGGAGGUCCCAAUGGGCAAGAUGAUCCCCAUGGGUAAGGAGAUCCCCAUGGGCAAGGAGAUCCCCGUAGGCAAUGGGUUCCUCAUGGACAAUGAGAUCCCCAUGGACAAUGAGAUCCCAAUGGACAAUGAGAUCCCCAUGGCCAACGAGGUCCCCAUGGCCAACGAGGUCCUCAUGAACAACGAGAUCCCCAUGACCAAUGAGAUCCCCAUGGCCAACGAAGUCCCCAUGGCCAAUGAGAUCCCCAUGAACAACGAAGUCCCCAUGGCCAACGAGAUCCCCAUGGCCAACGAGAUCUUCAUGGGCAAGAAGAUCCCCGUGGGCAACAGGAUCUUCAUGGGCAAGAAGAUCCCAACGGCCAACGAGGUUGCCAUGGCCAACGAGGUGCCUGUGACCAACGAGAUCUCCAUGCGCGGUGACAUCUCCGUGCGCGGCGACGUCCCCCGGCGUGGCAAGAUGCCGACACGCAGCGGUGUCCCCAUGCGUGGCGAUGUCCCCAUGCGUGGUGACAUCUCCAUGCGUGGCGGGAUGCCGAUGCGCGGUGACGUCAUCUCCAUGCGCGACGACAUCCCCAACCGUGGCGAUGACGUCAACCGCGAUGACAUCCGCAACCGCGAUGACGUCAACCGCGAUGGCAUCCCCUUCCGUGCCAAUGUCCCCAACCGUGCCAACGUCCCCAACCGCGAUGACGUCUUCAACCGUGGUGACGUCCCCAACCGCAACGACGUCAACCGUGAUGACGUCUUCAACCGCGUCCCCAACCGCGCCAACGUCCCCAACCGCGAAGACGCCCCCAGCCGCGCCGCCGUUCCCCCGCUGGCCCAGGAGCUGGCGGAGGCGGUGCGGCCGGCGGAUGAAGAUGAGGAUGAGGAUGACGAGGAGGCGGCGCCGGACGCGCCGCUGGACCCGGGCACCAUCGACCAACUGAUCGAGCUCUCGAGCCGCCUGCACCUGCCGGCCGACGACGUGGUCGACAUCAUCCGCGACGUGGAGCAGAAGCGCAAGGAGGAGGCGGCGGCGGCCAUGGCGGUGGCGGGGGGGGCCCUGGGAUUGGCCCCCCCCGACGAUGACGUCACCGAUGACGACGACGAUGACGUCAUCCCCGCCCAAAGCCGGCACCGCGGCGGUGGGGGUGGCGGCGGCGGAGGCGCGCCGACGUUGUUUCGGCCCCCGCGGUUGAGGAGUUAUCGGCGGGGGGGGGGCUCAAGGGGGUAGGUGCCCCCCCCAUAAUGGUUGCCCCCCCCCCCCCAAUAAGGGGACCCCCAAAUGUGUGACCCCCACCCCAAAAUACCCCCAAGGUGCUCCACGAGCCCCCCCUCCCAGUUCCCCCAGUCCCAGAGCCCUCUUCCCAGUCCAAGACUCCCCCCAUUUCCCAGUUCCUCCAGUCCCUGACACCCCCCAUUUCCCUCUCCCAGUUCUCCCAGUUUCCCCAAUUCCCGACUCCCCGCUCCAGCUCCCAGUCUCCCCAGUUCCCCCUCCCAGUUCUCCCAGUACCCCCCCCAUGUAAAUAGCCCCCACCACAACUUUUGCUAACGAAUAAAAGCGACUAUUUUAGUA